UUGUGUCUUUUUCUUGGAAGAUCGAUCAGCAAGAAGAAGAAUCUUUUGUUUAUCAAGUAGCUGAGCAAAAUAAAAGAAAUGGAGAUAACAACAACAACAUCCCAGUUGUGUUCACGGGUUAAGUUCUCAAUCUUUUCAUCAUCAUCAUCACUCUUAUGUUUAAAAGGAAACAGUAAGAGGAACCAAACAGGAGCUGUAUCAGUCAAUUGCUUGAAAGAGAUCAAACAGUUGAGUAGCAUUAGCUUCACUUCCAAGAAGAAACACAGAAGCCAUGGAGUGGUGGUGAGAAGAUCAACAACACGCGCCUCCGUGGUGGAUGAGAAUCAACCCCCAGCUUCUACCACCAAAGGAGAACGGUGGCUUCUCCAACCAGUUGGGGAUGGAGACACAAGACACAUUGGUUACAAAGUGGAAAUGCCUGCUCCUUUCGAGAUCUCUUCUGGUCAAGUCACAGUCGGACGGCUACCGGAAAAGGCUGACGUUGUGAUUCCUGUGGCCACCGUUUCGGGAGUACAUGCGACAAUAGAUACACAAGGAGACAACCUUCUUGUGACGGAUAUGAACAGCACCAAUGGUACAUUCAUCGAAGACAAACGUCUGAUUCCUGGUGUUGCUGCUCCUGCCUUUCCUGGAACACGUAUCACCUUUGGAGAUACAAAUCUAGCAAUUUUCCGCGUUUUCAAGCUUCAAGAUAGUCAACAAGAAGAACCCACUCUGAAACCAACCACAGAGUAACCAAACCCCCAAAACUAUUUCUCCUCACUUGCACCGGUUUAUUGCAGAUAAACUUGGUUGUUUUACAACAUUAUUGAGCUAUAAGUAUAUAACUCUAUGUAAAAACAUUAUCUUAUACAUAUAAGAUUAGUUUUUAUAUAUAAGAUUAUAUCUUGUCUUAGUACCUUACAAAUCAGGUGUGAAGGAAUCAUAAGGUUUCAGGUCUGUUUUUACAGACAAUACAUUCUAAUCUCUAUAGCUUCUUCAUUUUCUUGAUGCAUUAUCCUAUCUUUCAGAAUCCCCAGAACU